AUGGCGCCGUCUUUAGAGCCGAAAAACAACGUCACGUCGGCGAUGCAAAAGCUCCAACACCUCUCGCUCAUCAAUAAAGUCACCAAAGAACUGGAUAAGAACCUCGGCGUGAACGAUAAGACGUUGGCGGAGUUUAUCGUGGAUAUUGCCAAGGCGUCGAAGUUUGAUCCGAAAACGUUUUUUAAUGAAUUGCAAAAGAACGGGGCGGAGUUGCCGGAACCGUUCGCGAACGAGUUAGUCGGGACGAUUGAACGGUUAGCGAAUAAAGGUGGCGGAGGUGCGAGAGGAGGAGAAAAGAAGAAAGUUAUCGUAGAAAAACCGACGAAGGAGAAUCCAUUUCCGGGUUUACACCGACCGGAUGCGGAAGAACACGCGAAGAUGUUGUCGCGCGAGUUGUACGGCGACAGGAACCCGAUUGAAAACGCGUGCGACGAUCCGAGGUUGGAUAAAAUGAAUCCCGGGCGAUUAGACGAGAACAAAAACGCGUCGAGUUCGGGAAGAGGAUACGAUGAUUCCGCGUUUGGACAGAAGAAAAGAAAGUCAACAUCAGAACCGGCAAAACGGACGAUUCAAGGCAAACCGGAAGUCGGGAAGGUAUACAGAGGUAGCGUGACGAACGUGAUGGAUUUUGGAGCGUUCGUGGAAUUAGUCGAGUUUGUGAAUAAAACGGAAGGUUUAGCGCACGUUUCCAAAUUACCAAGAGUAUCGAACGGAAAUUCCGCGAGAGAUGUCGUGCAGAGAGGUAACCCGGUGUAUGUGAAAGUGUUAUCGCUGACGAACAAUAGGAUAGCUUUGUCCAUGUCGGACGUGAAUCAAGAGACUGGAGAGGAAGAGACGAGUUACGCGAACAAUCUUCCACCACCGCCACCGAGAUCGAAUCCAGCGCCACCGCGCGGCGGUGCCGCUGGAAGUAGUAUUGACGAUAGUAGUAGUAAUCCGAUUGUGCCUAGAUUUGGCGCCGGCGCGAAAGGUUCGAAUAUGAAUACGGUGAAAGGCUUAUCUGGGAUCAAGCAAACCGAGGAAGAUUUUGCGGCCGACGGACGCAUGGUGGACGAUAAGAACGGGUUAAAUCGACGUCGCCCGAUUAAGCGCAUGUCUUCUCCUGAGUUAUGGGAGGCGAGACAAUUGAUCGCGAGCGGCGUUUUGAAAGUCGAAGAUUACCCGAACUUUGACCCGGAAAACGACGGAGUGUUGGCGUAUGAAGAGGAAGCGGAGGAGGAAUUCGAUAUCGAAAUGAACGACGAAGAAGCCCCGUUUCUUGCCGGUCAAACUGAUGCGGCUUUAGGCGACGUUUCCCCGAUCAAAAUCGUGAAGAAUCCAGACGGAUCUAUGCAAAGAGCGGCGAUGACACAAGGCGCUUUGGCGAAAGAACGGAGAGAGAUGAAAGAGACACAAAAAAGAGCCGCGAUGGACGAGGAUGUUCCGGAAAAUCUCAAUCAAGCGUGGUUAGAUCCAAUGGCGGCUCAGGACGAUCGAAAACUCGUCGCAGACGUUCGAGGACAAAACGUACUUGCGGAGGAUAUGCCGGAAUGGAAGAAGCAAUCUGUCGGGAAAGCCCCGCAGUUUGGUUUCGCACAAAAAGGGUCCAUUCUCGAACAGCGACAAUCGUUGCCGAUUUUCAAAUUGCGUGAAGAGUUGAUCAAAGCCGUGAACGAAAACCAAAUCUUGGUCGUCAUUGGUGAAACUGGGUCGGGAAAAACGACGCAAAUGACGCAGUAUUUAGCGGAGAGCGGGUACACGACCAAAGGUCGAAUUGGGUGCACGCAGCCGAGAAGAGUUGCGGCCAUGUCCGUUGCUAAGAGAGUCGCCGACGAAGUUGGCUGUUUAGUUGGCGAAGAAGUUGGCUACGCCAUUCGUUUUGAAGAUUGCACGAGUGAAGAUACGGUUAUUAAAUACAUGACUGAUGGUAUGCUUUUAAGAGAAGCGUUGUUGGACGACAAGAUGUCGCAAUAUUCUGUCAUUAUGCUAGAUGAAGCGCAUGAAAGAACGAUCCAUACGGACGUUUUGUUCGGUUUGUUGAAGAAAUGUUGCGCCAAGAGGAAAGAUUUACGCAUCAUCGUCACCUCUGCAACCUUGGACGCGGAAAAAUUUUCCACGUAUUUCUUCGAGUGCCCAAUUUUUACCAUCCCGGGGAGAACCUUUCCUGUCGAAGUGAUGUAUACAAAAGCUCCAGAAAGCGAUUAUUUAGACGCGGCGUUGAUUACUGUCAUGCAAAUUCACUUGACCGAACCUGAAGGUGACAUUUUGCUCUUCUUAACCGGUCAAGAGGAAAUUGACACAGGAUGCGGAAUCCUCUUUGAACGCGUCAAGGCUUUAGGCCCGUCCGUUCCAGAUUUGCACAUCUUACCAGUGUACUCCUCCUUACCGUCUGAAAUGCAAACGAAAAUAUUUGAGCCGGCACCGCCAGGAAGUCGCAAGUGCGUCGUCGCAACGAACAUCGCAGAAGCGUCGUUGACGAUCGACGGCAUUUACUAUGUCAUCGAUCCAGGUUUCGCAAAGCAAAAGGUGUACAACCCGAAAGUUGGCAUGGAUUCCUUGAUCGUCGCGCCAAUCUCGCAAGCGUCCGCGAGACAACGCGCGGGACGAGCUGGGCGUACUGGUCCAGGGAAAUGUUUCCGAUUAUACACCGAAGCUGCUUUUAAGAACGAAAUGUUACCAACCUCGGUACCGGAAAUUCAAAGAACGAACCUGGGGAUGACGUGUUUAACUUUGAAAGCAAUGGGUAUCAACGAUUUAGGACCGGGUGGAUUCGAUUUCAUGGACCCGCCACCGGCGCAAACCUUAGUCACAGCACUCGAGCAGUUAUACAACUUGAACGCGUUAGACGAGGAAGGAUUACUCACCCGUUUAGGUCGUAAAAUGGCAGAGUUUCCGCUCGAACCGCCAAUGUCAAAAAUGCUCAUCGCAUCGGUCGAUCUCGGGUGCGCCGAGGAAAUUCUCACCAUCGUUGCCAUGCUUUCCGCGCAAAACAUCUUCUACCGUCCGAAAGAAAAGCAAGGCCCAGCCGAUCAGAAAAAAGCGAAAUUCUUCCAACCGGAAGGCGACCAUCUCACGUUGCUCACCGUCUACGAAGCGUGGAAAGCGAACAACUUCUCCUCGCCGUGGUGUUUUGAAAACUACCUUCAAGCGCGCUCUUUGCGUCGUGCGCAAGACGUUCGGAAACAACUGUUGACAAUUAUGGAUCGCUACCGCUUAGAAGUCACCUCGGCCGGUCGCAACUUCAACCGCAUCCGUCGCGCCAUCACUUCCGGUUUCUUCUUCCACGCCGCCAAAAAAGAUCCGCAAGAAGGCUUCAAAACCUUGGUCGAAAACACCCCAACAUACAUCCACCCCUCCUCCUCUUUAUUUCAACGCCAACCAGAUUGGGUCGUUUACCACGAACUCGUCCUGACGUCCAAAGAGUACAUGCGUGAAUGCGUCGCCAUCGACCCGAAAUGGCUCGUCGAACUCGCUCCGAGAUUUUUCAAACAAGCGGACGCCAGAAUCAUGAGCAAGCGCAAACGCAUGGAAAAGUUAGAACCUCUCUUCGAUAGAUUCAACGAAAAAGACGCCUGGCGAUUGAGCAAGCGGAGAGGUUAG